CUCACAUGCGCUGAACAAACCAGCAAACGAACAUGCCGCGCGGAUUGCCGCUUCCGAUCGGGUACUUUCGGUGUCCACCGCUGAGCCCAGAAGAAGCCCGGCCAUGCAUUGACCUCACAGAAACUAUGUCCAUCGACCUGAUACGCCACGCCCAACUCCACGACGGUCCGAUCUCGUGGACGUUAGAUGCACGAUGCAGCGACCCGGACAUGCAAGUGUAUACGGCUGAAGACAUGUCGGCGCCUCCUGGAAUCAUUUCGUACUGCACCGUCACGACCGUCAAAGCCGCGAUGGACGAAGUGGCAUCGCUGUUUUACACGGACUCCACCGCCGAGUACCGCGCGUAUUGCCAGCACUUUGCCAAAGGCACGUUGGAUGCAGCCGUCUUGUACACGUUGGCUUCGCCGACUCCUGCCUUUCCGCGACACAGCAUCGCGAUCAAGUGGAACGCGUUCAACAUCAUGCCUGGCAUGCCUGCCCGGGACGGAGUGUUUCUGGAAUGCCACAACGACUUCGACAUACAGGGGCGGCGGGGGUGGGUCCGUUGCUGCAAGUCGAUUGAAAUAUCGUGCUGUCCAGACCUCCACGAGUCGCAUGGCCUCGUCCGCGCCUCGUUCUACCGGUGGGGAUUUGUUUGCGUCGAGACCGACGUUCCCGGUACGCUCCGCAUCACGUACCUCAUGCAGAUAGACGUGAGCAGUCGCCUCCCACGCAUAUUUCUGUCGGCUGGCGUGCGUAAAUGGACCCAGCGUCUCGCCACAUUGCAAGUAUGCUUGUGGAGACGCAACCAGUGUGGCCGGCGAUUCCUUUCGCUCGAGAAGUUUGUGCCUCAAGUAUCUCGCGGUCGCUGCUUUCUAUGCCAGCGCAAAUUCGGAGCCUUCGGUGCCAAGGAAUCAUGUCUGAAAUGCGGUCACGUCGUGUGCCGGUGCUGCAGCAAAAUAUGGCACGUUGCCCCGACUGGCAAUUUGCACUGGCGACGCAUCUGCAAUGCAUGUGCAAAGUGCAAGAUCGCGCCAUUCAGCCACGAACCGAUCGAGUCGAAUCCGUUGGUGCUGCCGCCGUCGCGGCGUGCGAUCAGCUUGAACAAUGAGUUCUCGAGAGUCGGAACGACGGACAUCCCCUGGCAAGGUGUUGGGCAGGACUACGCUUCCUUCAAUGACAGACGGACGACCACCACGUCCCCAUGCAGACCGCCCAACUCGUUUGUGCAAGUCCAUCUCUGUCCUGGCGUCGCGCCGGAAGAAUGCAGACGGCGAGGCCAGUCGUUGCCCACGCCAAUGGUGCAAUGGCACCACCAAGAUGAAGUGCAGCACAACGACGGCGACGUGGCACCACCCGAUGACAUGGCCCUCGUCCGAGUGAGCUCGUGGUCCGAAGCGCAGUCGUCCAGGCGGCAGUGGCGGUGACCAUUCGUCUGAGCAUCCCGCCAUGCCCAGUACAACCAUCACGUGGCAACGGUUGACCCCGGCGACAACGGAGACCGCCGACGACGUCCCAUCAUGGCCAUUCGUACACAAAGAAGGGAGGUCGAUUGUAGACGUAGCUCAAAAUGGCACGUACGCAUGCAGUCGCUAGCGUAUCUGGACUCGUUCCCGUCGCGACAUGCCGGGACGACCGCCCGUUGAAUGGCUGGAGGUGGCGGCGCCACACUCGGAGAUCGACAGGUUGCU